UCAGUGGAGAUUUUACAGAACUUGCUGGUAACAUGUGAGCAGGGCCAAACUCCUUCCUCUAGAGAGGGGAUGGAUCUGGUCCCAUUAUACAAGAGACCCGAUGCUUUCACAGGCUUUGACAGUGAUGCCUGCAUGCUGCCAGGAAAUGGUAUUGAUAGUUUAAUGGAAAGAAAGAGAGACAGAAGUCAGUGGGCCAACUCAGACCCUCAGCACAGAGAGCUUUAUUCUGAUGAAUACCUGGAGCUGUCGGCAGAUGAGGAGAUAACCCUACAGAGCUGGAGUGCAUAUCCUUCAGCCUUCUUUCCUAAAACAGAGCUUUAUGACACUGUAACUAAACUGUCUCAGAAGCUUUACAGCCUUCAGUCCCUCGUGCAGCAGCUAGAGAGCCACAUAGUGGUACAACGCGCCACUAUUAAGGAGCUAAUGUCCCGACCCCGGGGCAAUACUCUCUUGGAAAAGGAAAAGCAUCGGAACCUGGAAAAGCAGCGCGAGGAGCUGGCCAACUUCCACCGGCUCCAGAAUCAGCACCGACAGGAGCAGGUGCAGUGGGAGCAGGAAAGAGAGCAGCAGAGGGUGCAGGCAGAGAUCAGGGAGAAGGAGCUGAGGGACAGAGAGCUGGAAUGCAGCGAACAGGAAAAAAAGUUGGCAGAGGAAAAACAGGAACUGGCCAGGUGGAAAUCAGAAUACCAGGAGGAUCUGGAGCGGCUCCGAGACUCCACGCGCUCUGUAGAGAAGGACAGAGAGAAGCUGGAGAAGGACAGAGAAAGGCUGGAGCAGCUGGAGAAGAAGUAUAAGAAAAAUGAGAUUGUACUGAACACUGCAACCUUUCCCAUGGAGAAUGAACAGAUAAAGCUACCUCCACCUUACCCCAUAUUGAAUAUUGUUACUUCCGGCUUCGACGAGAGGCCUCCUCUGGUACCACCACGCAGGGAGAGCAUCGCCAACCUUCCAGUUAAACCAGAAGUGCCCAUUCACCUCAUUAGCACCACCAACCAAUCCCACAAAGCCAGCUCUGUCCAGCAGAAGAUCCCCACCAAGCUGGCUGCCCAAACUAAAGGCAAGGAGAAGCACAGCAAGCAAAGGAAUUCCCACCAUCGCACCAAGAGCGCAGCUGGCAUAGAGGUGUCUCAGAUACUUCCCAUAACAGGUCUAGGAAAGGAAGGAGGCAGUUUAAGAGCCAUGAGAUCCAAAAGUCCCCACCGGCUCCAUCCAGAUAUGUUUGUCCAUCCAGAGCAGUUAUGCAGCUCCAUACCCUCUCAUUCGGGAAACAGCAUCAGGAAACACAACCACAAUCAUAUCACACACAGUACCCAGCCAGGACACUGUAAAACCAAAGACAACGCAAUUGCAGAAGACAUAUUUUACUUUUAAAAACCCUGUGCAAUCUGCAAGACUACAACAUUGUUGCAGAGGGAUUGUUAUUUCUCUAACAUGGCCUGGAUUUUUCAAAGAAUUGAAAUCAAAGACAGUCACAGUAUAUCAGAACAAAAUCCUGUUCAGGUCUGUCUCAAUGAUUUGUUGUUCCUGUAAAUAGCUGUUUUUAGUUAUUUAUUGUGAUUUUAAUUCAGGGAUGUUUGGCCCCACAAGUGUUGCACUGGAAAGUUUUAGCGUUCUUCCUGGA